AUAGAGAGAAGCAUAUAGCAAACCGAAAACCAAAUCCUUUCCCGUUUACUCAAAACCCUAGAAAUACCAAAAGAAAUCCCAAACUCUCAAACCCUAAAUCGACAAAUCGCGGCCAUGGACUUCGACGAGUACGAUUACCUGGAGAAGACCGUGCAGGAGAACGACGACCGCGACUCUAAGAAGAAGGCUGCGAAGAAGGAAGAGAAGAGCUACCGGAAGAGAGAGGUAGACGACGACGUUUCGGGCGACGAGGACAGGAAGAACAGCAAGAGGUCCAGAGGCGGCGACCACGAGAAUGGCCGCGAUAAGGACAAGGAUAAGGAUAGGGAUCGCCACCACCGGAGCAGCGGCGGCGGAAGAGAGAGGGACAGAGACGGGGAGAGAGACCGCGACCGUGAUCGCGGCGGCGAGCGAGAGAAGGAGAGGGAUAGAGAGAGGAGCAGUAGAGAGAAGGAGAAGGAGAGGGAGAGGAGGGACAGGGAUAAGGAGAAGGAGAAGGAGAGAGAGAGGGAGAGGAGGGAGAGGAGAGAGAAGGAUGAGAAGGAGAGGUCUCGGAGGAGUGUGAGUAGAUCGGAUCGGGAAGAGAAGGAGAGGUCCCGGAGGAGUGUGAGCCGGUCCGAGAGGGAAGAGAAGGAGAGGUCUCGGAGGAGUGUGAGCCGUUCCGAGAGGGAAGAGAAGGAGAGGUCUCGGAGGAGUAGGAGCCACACUGAUCGUGACAGGGAGAGGGAAGUUAGGGAGAAGGAACGCGAAUUCGAGAUGAAUGAGAGCAGGAGGUUUAAAGACAAAAAAGAAAUGGCAGAGCCUGAAGCUGAUCCAGAAAGGGAUCAGAGAACUGUUUUUGCUUACCAGAUGCCACUGAAGGCGACCGAGCGAGAUGUUUAUGAAUUCUUCUCAAAAGCGGGCAAGGUGAGGGAUGUGCGGCUGAUCAUGGACAGGAAUUCAAGACGAUCGAAAGGUGUUGGCAAUGCGAUAAUGAUGAGGGAUGGUGGGAAUACCUUGCACUCAUGUUUAAUCAAUUCAUGCUGCGCACUCAAGGUAGAUGACCAAAACCUAUUUUAUCCUUUCCAGCUUUCUUCCUAUUCAUCAAAAGAAAUUCAGCUUGAGCUCUCUGCCCUAGAGUUUUUGUUUCCAUACGUCUCUUUGAUUCACUAUAAGAGCCUGUCAUGCUGCAGGUAUAUUGAAUUUUAUGAUGCAAUGCAUGUGCCAAUGGCUAUAGCUCUCUCCGGCCAGCUACUUCUUGGACAACCUGUGAUGGUGAAACCUUCGGAGGCAGAAAAGAAUCUUGUUCAAUCUACUGCUUCCGGUGGUACCACUGGCGUAGUAGGACCAUACGGUGCAGUUGACAGGAAACUUUAUGUAGGGAACUUGCAUUUUAACAUGACUGAGACUCAUCUUAGAGAGAUUUUUGAACCAUUUGGUCCAGUGGAGCUCGUGCAACUUCCCCUUGAUAUUGAGACAUCACAGUGCAAGGGGUUUGGCUUUGUUCAAUUUGCUCAUCUAGAACAUGCAAAAGCAGCUCAAAGUUUGAAUGGGAAGUUGGACAUUGCUGGUCGAACUAUCAAGGUUUCAUCCGUUACAGAUCAUGUUGGCUCACAAGAAGCUGGAGCAAAAUCUGCUGAUUUUGAUGAUGAUGAUGGUGGUGGUUUGUCUCUAAAUGCUCAAUCUAGAGCAUUGCUAAUGCAAAAGCUGGACCGCACAGGAGCUGCCACAAGUAUUGCAGGUUCUCUUGGAGUUCCUGUGCUGAAUGGGUCAGCAACAAAUCAACGAGCUGUUAAUUUGCCGAUGAAUGGUCAAACUACACUUUCUGCACCAUUUCUUCCAGCAAGAGUUAUGCCAACUGCGGAACCUAUUGGAAACCCCAGUGAAUGUCUUUUAUUGAAAGAUAUGUUUGAUCCAGCCACGGAGACGGAACCAGAUUUUGAUGUAGACAUUAAAGAUGAUGUCGAAGAGGAAUGCUCAAAAUAUGGUCGUGUGAAGCAUAUUUAUGUGGAAAAAAACAGUGCUGGUUUUGUGUAUUUGUGGUUUGAAACUGUGGAAGCAGCAGCUGCAGCGCAACGUGCAAUGCAUCUGAGAUGGUUUGCAGGCAGGCAGAUUUCAGCCCUGUUCAUGCAACCACAAGUUUACGCAGCGAAGUUUGGAGCUUAACUCCUGACAUCGUCCAGGAGGGGAAGUGUAUUGUGUGCUUUUAGCUGAAGGGUAGCUAUUUUAGCUAUAUGUUAUAUGUUUGUCGUUUUAGGAUAUUUGACUCCCUAGUUUGAUUCAUACAUAUUGAUUACAUUCGGUAGAAAAUGUGUAGUUUUGUACUCCUCCAACUGUUUGCUUUCUUUUAAUGUCAAGAGUAAAGUUUUCU